ACGGUCGGGGCGGAGCCGUCAGUCGAUCGUCUCGCCAGCGGACAGUGAAGGUUACCUGCUUCAACAGUGCUUGAACGGAAACCUCUCAGUCUGUCUCCCGACACCUCAGCACCGGACUCACCGCUGAUCACUCUUCAUCCUCUGAUCACUCUUCAUCCUCAGCAUCUCAGCGAACGUCCUCCUCAGAAAACUCCGUCCAGAACUCCGUUAGCCCGACAGCUAGCUAACCGUUUGUUGUGCUAACGACACGAGACGCUGCUUUUCAACCUCCUCACCGGAAGAAGAAGAGAAAACACCAACACCGACGCUUGAAUCAUGACUUCCCAGGUGAGACAGAACUUCCAUCAGGACUGCGAGGCUGCAAUCAACAGGCAGAUCAACCUGGAGCUGUACGCCUCCUAUGUCUACCUGUCCAUGGGUUACUUCUUUGACCGGGAUGACCAGGCAUUGCACAACUUUGCUAAGUUUUUCCGUAAUCAGUCACACGAGGAGCGUGAGCAUGCCGAGAAACUAAUGAAAGUACAGAACAACAGGGGGGGACGGAUCUUCCUUCAAGAUGUCAGGAAACCAGAGAGAGAUGAGUGGGGCAGUGGGAUCGAGGCUCUUGAAUGUGCCCUGCAGCUGGAGAAGAGCGUGAACCAGUCACUACUGGAGCUGCACAAGCUCUGCUCUGAUCACAAUGACCCACAUCUGUGUGAUUUCAUUGAGACGCACUACCUGGACGAGCAGGUGAAAUCCAUCAAAGAGCUGGGCGACUGGGUGACCAACCUGCGCCGCAUGGGAGCUCCUGGCAAUGGCUUGGCCGAAUACUUGUUUGACAAACACACCCUGGGCAAAGAAAGCAGCUAAAUCCCUCCAUAGCUUCUUCACAGACGCUUCUUUCUAUGUAUAUUUGUAUCUUGCGUCUAUAUUUUAAACAAUACAAGGCCGUGUGCAUGGUAGUGGCUUGUCAUUUCAAUCUGUAUUAUUCUCAUUGCCAUUUACUCUCAAAUUAACAUCUAUAAAAUGCCUGAGCACUAUUCUGUUCAAAUCCCACUCUGACAUCCUGCUCUCUCUCUUUCAGCUGCGUUCUUGUCAUUACUAUGUAUUUGCUGAGUUUUAUGCCAAGAGCUCUUGAAUAAAAUGAACCCUCUGGAUUCUGA